UUUCGGCAAAAUCGAAGAAGAUGGAAUUUUCUUCAGUAUUAAGUACCAAUUAAUUCGUGAAAUAAAUAGAAUAUUUUGCACAUUAAUUUUAUAAUACGCGUAUAAAAUAUUUCAUGUUGGCAACGAAAUAAUAUAAUCAAACACCACAUAUACAUGACGCUUGUAGACAUUCUUGUGACUAAUUAUUCGCACAUCGAGAAGAAGGAAACAUGUUGGAGAGGAGUGUAUUUAUGUAUUGUCGUAGGUCAAUAGUGUAUUUUGAGACUCGGUCGCGACAGGUGCUGGGAGACGCCGAACGUGAUUAUUACAACUAUUAUUACAAUUAUUGAUUAUCAGUCAGCGUUUGCACGAGUAUUGCGAGAACGGCUAUUUAUCGAAGCGAUGAUGCUUUGCAAUCCUUCUUCUCGAACAAAGAGUUUCGCGUGACAUAAUCGAAAGAAAAGUCGAAGCGGUGCGCGAUGGAAAUUGUAAAGUUGUUCUAUUGUGCUGAAAAAAAUAAAUUAUAUUUGAUAGUAAUUGUAAAUCGUGUUUGAACAAGCGAUAUAUAUAAUGACUUUUCUUUAUAAAUACGCUUCUAAUGUAUUUCGCUUUAAUACGAUAACAUUUUUCGUCUUCUUUUCUAACUUGACAUUUUGGCGUAUCGUAUAAAUUCGGAAUAAUACACAAAUCACCGGAAAUAAUUCGCAUAACGGAAAGCCGUGAUAUAUCGAUCGUUUAUUAAUAAUACAUUUAUUUCGAGAGAUUUAUGUAUUCGAAAUAUAUUACGUGUACAAUACUGAAUUUCGGAUUAUUUUUGAAUGGCACAACGCAUCUUUCGGUUAACUAUUAUUAACUUGCAAAUGGAAUCGCACGAUAUCAAAGCAAAAUUGUCAGUGAUAUUUUCGAGUUUUUUUCGUGAUUAAUAAAACACGUCGCAAAUGGAUCGACUCUGAAUUGAACGUCGUUACACGAAAUACAUUUAUACUUAAAACGAUAUAUAUUUUAUAUUAUUUAUUCAACAAAAAUCUAUCACGCUAUAGUAAUCGACAAAAAAACUACGACAUAUCUUUGAAUAUUAUAUAUAUAUAUAUUCCUCGGAUAUUUAAUCUUUAAAUUUAAACUGUGCAUUUGUUCACUCACGCGCGUGUUUUAAUGUGACAUAUAUAUAUAUAUAUAAUAAAAUUAUCUAAAAUUACACGCGUAUACCAUUUGUUAGCAAUAAAAGUCGCAAAUGCGCCGCAAUGAGUGGCACCUGAAUUUGACUGCGUGAUUUUCGAGAGGGAAUCGUAACUUUAUGCGGCCGUAAUUUUCGCAUUGUUCUCCCAAUCGCGAUAUAAUGAAGCGCGCGUUCGCGUGUGAUUAUAUUAUACAUUCAGGGACGCAGUGCAAAGUGUAAUAUUCGCGCGAUUGUCGUAUUCUACCGAUUAAUGCGCGCGCGAUCGUAAUUAAUCGUGUUCCCGCGAAUGAAUGUAGUCCCGAAUGACGAAGCAGCAAAGGAUAAACACGAGAGGAGGAACAGACCCGGGGGAGGCAUCGGGUAAUCGUGAGAUCAACGUUGUGUGCACUACAGUUCCGCCGUUGCUCAUCGUACCGGAGAGUUUCAAGAAUGUGUUGAGCUGAUUACAUCUGAACUAUACUAGGGUAUUUGGGAAUGGAGUCGACUUUACUGCUGCUCCUACUGAUCGGGUGCAGCGAGAAAUUUGCGCUCGGUCAGCAAGGUCCGGUCUUCAUCCUGGAACCGCCGAGCACCCUGGUCUUUUCAAAUACCACCGGCUCCCAAUUAGGCUGUUCCGCACACGGCAGCCCAACGCCGCACGUCACGUGGAUUACCAGCCCGGAUCAGAGAUCGGUUACGGCAGUUCCGGGACUCAGACAACUUCUGGGCAACGGAACGCUAUACUUCCCGCCAUUUCUGGCUCAGGACUUUAGAGCCGAGGUCCACAAUGCCCGAUAUAGGUGCCGCGCGACCAGCUCCGUCGGAACCGUACUUUCUCGCGAGGUCACUCUUCGGGCUGUAUUGACGGUACCCGGAUACGAGGUCAGGGUAAAUAGACAACCCGUGAUGGAAGGAUGCAACGCCGUGUUGUCCUGUACAGCCCGGGAAGACGUCAAAGAACACCUCACUGUGACCUCCUGGUUUCGCGACGACGCUAUUCUCUUACCUGGAAACACAGAUACCGGCGGAAGAUUCGUGGUUACCUCGCAGGGUGAUCUUCAUAUUAGAGCCGCCAGACCAGAAGACGGCAGAGCGACGUAUUCGUGUUUAACUCUGCAUGCCCUGACCAGCGAACGGAGGAGAAGCGAACCCGCUACUUUAACAGUCACGGAACCGACUGGUUCCAUGUCGCCGCGACUGAUGCAACGAUCAGAGAUCGCUAUUUCCGCCGAAAGCGGCUCCGAUGUUCACCUCACGUGCUCGGCGCAAGGAAGCCCGGCGCCGCAAUUUACCUGGUAUCGCGAUGUUAAUGGCCACUCGAUACCGGUCGAGUCGUUCGGUCGUAUCCAGCUUUGGGGUGAUUUAAUGCAAAUUCGUCGUGUAGACGCGCAGGAUGCUGGAAGAUACGUUUGCCGGGCCAGCAAUCAACUUGGCGAGCAACGAGCGGAGACGCACUUGUCGGUCACUUCAAAGCUAAACGCUCGGAUUCAGCCGCGCGUACAGGUCGUUAAUUCUGGCGAGACCGCUACGAUGAACUGCACGGUCGAGGGAUAUCCGGUCGAGAGCGUUGAGUGGCUACACGACGGUGUGCCAGUAUUGACCGCGCAGGACACGAGGAUCAGAUUGUUGGCUCCCUUGGUGCUCGUGAUAGGCUCCGUCGGUCGCAGGGACAAAGGGAUGUAUCAGUGUUUGGUGAGGAGCGACAAGGAAAAUGCACAGGCCACCGCUGAACUGAAGCUCGGAGACACGGUUCCGGAACUGCAGUACACAUUUAUCGAGCAAGCUCUACGACCGGGACCACCGGUCUCCCUGCGAUGUUCCGCCACCGGUUCACCGACGCCAUCCUUUACGUGGUUACUCGACGGUGAACCAUUGAGUCAGAUUGCGACCGGACACAGAUACGCGAUAGGCCAAUAUGUGGAUCAAUCCGGUGACGUGAUCAGUCACUUAAACAUUUCAUCCGCGGGUACCGAGGAUGGCGGCCUGUACGCUUGCGUAGCGUCCAAUACUCUGGCGACUGUCGAGCACAAAGCUAGAUUAAAUAUUUACGGACCUCCAUACAUCCGAUCGAUCGGUCCGGUUCGCGCCAUCGCCGGUGCCGACAUCACAAUAGCGUGUCCUUACUCAGGAUAUCCGAUCACAUCGGUCGGGUGGACUAGAAAUGGUGGCGAGUUGCCCUUUGACAUCAGGCAACGGGUCGACAGCGAGGGCCACCUUACAAUCCUGACGGUAGAUCCGAGCGAUGGCGGUACCUACACGUGUAUAGUUCGAGCAAGUUCUGGAGAAACCGCCAACAGAGAUAUACUACUAAAUGUGAAUAGUCCUCCAGUAAUGAGUCCCUUCAGCUUUCCCGCGAAUUCGCAAGAAGGUAGUCGUGCUCAAGUGACGUGCAGCGUGACAUCGGGCGAUCUUCCAAUCUACAUUUCCUGGUUGAAAGACGGCGAGCCACUGCCUUCUUCCCUUCGCAUCGAAGAGCGAGGCGCCGAGUUUUUCAGUCUGCUCGUCUUCAAGGAACUAUCAUCUAGACACAGCGGCAAAUACACUUGCGUGGCUACGAAUAGCGCCGCCAAGGUCAAUCACACGGCAGAACUUCUGGUAAAAGUACCUCCUCAAUGGAUAUUCGAACCGCAAGACGUGGCGACCCUCCUAGGAAACCCGCUGAAUGUCCAUUGUGAGGCCAAGGGUUUUCCGCCGCCGCAUAUUACGUGGCUCCGUGCCAGGGGCAGAACGUCCAACGACUAUCAGCCGCUGGUUGAUGGUUCUGACGGUAGACUCACGAUAUUGCCUAAUGGGUCUUUGUGGACGGCUUCGGCCGGUCCACAGGAUGAGGGUUACUAUCUCUGUCGCGCUAACAAUGCCAUCGGAUCGGGACUAAGCAAAGUGAUAUACGUGUCCGUGCAUGAACCGGCGAGGUUCGAGUUUCAGAGUAAAAACGUAACGAUUCGCCGUGGAGAAUCCGUGACGAUCGAUUGCACCGUGAUUGGCGAUAAUCCUAUAGAAGUACAGUGGAUGCACAACAGCGAUCGAUUAGAUAUGAGCAAUCACAGAUUAAGCAUCGGUCAAAUAAAGACCGAGAAUGGCCUGAAGUCUCAAUUAUCUAUCGCAAAUAGCGAUCGGCAAGAUUCGGGAGUUUAUCGAUGCACCGCUGAUAACGCUUACGGAAGAAGCGAACAUUUGAUUUAUUUAGCAGUUCAAGAGAGACCGGAUCCUCCAGCCGGACUCGAAGUAAUAGAAAUUGGUUCUCGAUCGAUUCGGCUAUUAUGGAAGCGGGCCUUCGACGGAAAUAGCCCUAUAAGAAAUUACAUGAUACAAUAUUGUCCUGUGAGCCACGGCAUGACCGACGAUUGGAAUCCCGUUAAAACGCACAACGUCACGUACACGCCAGGAAGCUCCAAUAGCGGUAAUUCUAUACAUCCAACCCAAAACGGCUUAUCCCCGUUCGAAACCACUGGCGAUGAUCAAGAGGUAGCGCUAGUCGGUGGUCUUCAUCCGGCCGUCACCUAUAGCUUCAGAAUAUUCGCUAUAAACUCCAUCGACGCGAGCGGACCUACGGAACCCGUCGUGGCGAAGACUCAGGAGGAAGCACCUACAGAACCGCCGCAAAAUAUCAAAGUGCAAUCCGCCGGGCCUGGAGAACUCAUGGUCAGCUGGCAACCACCUCCAAAAGAAUCGUGUAAUGGAGAUCUACAGGGAUAUAUAGUGACUUGGUCGGAACAUUCGUCGUCGACCUCGGGUGUUAAUCAAAGUAAAAGUCUGAACGUGAAUGGUUGGGCGACGACAAAGGUGCAGCUUACUGGUCUGAGAAAAUUUACAAAAUACGACAUUUCGAUCAGAGCCUUCAACAGUAUAGCCAGUGGACCAGCUAGCGCUCCUAUCGUGGGUACCACUCAAGAAGGAGUACCAGAAACGCCACCGACUCAAGUUACAUGCGUUCCAUUAUCCUCCCAAAGUGUCAAGGUAGCCUGGAACGCGCCGCCAGCUCAUCAACACGGUGGAAUUAUCCAAGGAUACAAGGUUUAUUAUAGGCCGGUUCCUACUGAUAACAUGGAUAUAUCGACGGUUGGUGAAGUAAAAAGAACUUCUAGUAUGGAGACUUAUUUGCACACGUUGUACAAGUACACGAAUUAUUCCAUCAAGGUGUUGGCUUACACCGGUGCGGGUGACGGAGCACAGAGUCCACCGAUCUUCUGCAUGACGGAAGAGGAUGUUCCAGGUCCGCCUGCUGGUAUCAAAGCGUUGGCGUUAACGGCAGAGAGCAUAUUAGUUUCUUGGUUGCCACCUUUGCAACCUAACGGGAAUGUUUCAAAAUAUACUGUAUACAGCAGAGAAGCCGGUUCUAAUAAUCAUAAUAUGUACAUGAUGCAUGAACCACCAUCAUCACCCACGGAUACCCUUACAAUGGAAUUACGAGAUCUAGUGGAAAGACAAUCGUACGAAUUCUGGGUGUCAGCGACAACUGGUCUUGGAGAAGGAGAAAAAACUAUCAUAGUCACGCAAACAACGAAUACCAGAGCUCCCGCUAGAGUAGCAUCGUUCUCGCAAGUAUUAAGAAGAGCCGUAAAAUCAUCGGUUAUGCUGUCGUGUUUGGUGGUGGGAAAUCCUACGCCGCGACCUAUCUGGACCUACAGAAACGGUCAAAUUACCACUGGUAGGCAUUACGAACUUACACCCGAUGGACAUCUCGUUAUACGUGGACUGGAACAAUCGGUCGCGGGAAAUUAUACUUGUUCAGCUAGUAAUUUAUUUGGCGAGGAUUCGAUCACAUAUUCGUUAGUCGUAGUGAUGCCACCCAAAGCACCGUCGUUGGAAUUACAAUAUACAACAACUAAUAGUAUCAGGUUCCGUUGGAAUCAUCCUGACAACGGCGGUGCUACUAUACAAGGAUAUGUAUUAAGUUAUAAGAGAGAUCAGGGUGGAUGGGAAGAAAUCGCUUUAUCUCCUGAACAGACGGAAUUUGUACUUUCUGGAUUGAAAUGUGGUUCUUCCUAUCUGGCACAUUUAACGGCACAUAAUCGCGUCGACACCGGCGAUCCAAGUUCGUUAAUCAGCGCAACAACGAAAGGCACCGCGCCUUUAUUGCCUAAGGAGAAAGAUAUUAUCUCGGCAAACGGCACGUCGGUGAAAUUGAAUUUAUUAUCCUGGCCUAACGGAGGAUGUCCUAUUCAGCACUACACUGUCGAAUAUCGCAGGCGAAUUAAUACGGAACCUUGGAUUUUAGUGGCUAGCAGAGCGACCGAGAACCUUGUAAUUCGUGAUUUAAAGACGGCAUCGUGGUACAAUCUACGUUUAACAGCGCACAACGAUGCCGGCUCGACUCAGACACAAAUGGAAUUCGCCACGACUACGUUGAGCGGAGUCAGUAUUGGUCCCCCUAACGAUUUGAUAAUGGAGGACGAGGUCAGAAAAACUGUACCCAAUCACAAAGUUUUAUAUGUCGUUGUACCGCUCAUCUGCGCAAUCAUUUUGGUCGUAUCUGCCGUUAUUCUAGGAUAUGUUAUGCUCAAACGCAACGGCAGAGCGACCUAUUUAGGCGAAAUGUUACCGAGUCAGCAGCAGCAACAGCAGGCAGGAUUAGGAAUGGUUCAACAACAACAGCACCAACAACAGCAUCAUCACUUGUCCAGCUGUAUGUCGACAGUGCAACUCAAAUCGACGGCUGAACGUGACAACAGACGUAAUCAUCAGGUUUAUACUAGUUCACCCGUAAAGCAAGAAAAUCACAAAUCCACCGAUCAUGGAUCAGAAAUGUACGAGAUAAGUCCUUAUGCUACAUUUAGCGUUCCCGGGAGAGAGAACCGUUCGGUAACAACGGCAACGCUCGAUUACACAAUGCAGUUCAAAACGUUUGGUCACUUGGAGAAUGAGGACAUCAAUACUAUCGAUUACGAGAGAUCUAGCGUGGAGUUCGAAAGGUCCAAAACACCAAGGUGGCACAAGCAACGUUACUUUCCGAGCAUUGCGGAAGCCGAGAGCAAGCUACGAUCAAGUCGACAAGGCUCCGGCAGCGACACGUCCGGAAGUCCUUGCGGCGAAUGCGCCGGGCCUAGUUAUAGGGUGCCAGUAAAGCCUUGUAGAGAUGUAUUUUCGCGAGGUGUGGAAUCGAGCACGGAAUCUAACAACGAAGGCUCGCCUUCGCUCGCGAGACGACGAAGCCGACAACCGAGCCGGUCUACUCGCAGUUCGGUAGAAGACAUGACGCUAUUGCCGCCAAGCGGGUUCAGUGACAGCCGUGAAUUGAGCGACGUGGAGUGCGACCGUGAUCGUGAUCGUGAACGUGAUCGUGAACGUGAUCGUGAUCGUGAAUGGCAGGGUCUGUCAGCCGGAACCCGUCACGGCGGCAGUUUGGGCAGAUUACCGAUCGAGGCCGUCGAAUCUAUGCUAGCUAGAUAUCAACAAAGAAAGGAACAAGAAAGGCAAGAAUUCACCAUACAUGUAUGAUCGAGAUUCGCUGGUUCGACUUGGUAUCUUCGCCGGACGAUUUAAUGUUAAUUAGAAAGAGAAAGAUGACGAAUCUCUUCUCAAACUAUCGUCGUUGAUGGAAAUUUUUCGAAAUCUUAAAAAGGAUAGUAGAAUUUAAUAUAUGUCACAGACAAUUUAAUCGAUGAAGUGGAGAAAGAAGAAGAAUGAGAGUAAAAACAGAAGACAGACUCUCAGGUGUAUUCGUCAAAGAAACGUCUCACCUACUGCUACAUCUGCGUUGCACCAAAAAAAUACUGCCGUUAAUAUAUAUACAUAUAUACACACAUA